AUGGCGAACCCUACUAUCGGGGUUUCGUUUGACCAGAAUGACAUGUCCAGCUGGUACUUUGGUGGACUGUCGAGAGCGGAAGCAACAAAACUGUUGCUAAAUGAAACGGAGAGUGGAGUGUUUCUUGUAAGAGAUUCAAAAACUAUACAUGGAGAUUACGUUUUGUGUGUCAGAGAAGACGACAGAGUGUCCCAUUACAUAAUAAACCGUAUGGUGUCACCUGAUGGUAGUACGCGUUUUCGGAUCGGGAAUCAGCUGUUCGCGGAUAUGCCGGCAUUGCUGGCCUUCUACCGGCUCCACUACUUGGACACCACGCCUCUAGUGCGGCCCCUGCCCCAGGCGAACGCACAAGCCGCUGCCCCGCCGCCGGCGCAGCCCCACCACGUCUUAGAAGUGGUGAUAGCCAAAUUCGAUUUUGAUGGUAGUGACGCAGACGACCUUCCCUUCCGUCGUGGCGAGAGGCUGAUGGUUAUCAACCGUGAUGAGGAGCAGUGGUGGACGGCGAGGAACGCGCAAGGCCGGACCGGGUCCAUACCAGUGCCGUAUGUGCAAAGGUUGCUGGACCCAUCUGGUGUACCGUACCCUGCAAAUGAGGCUCUAACUCAACUUGGAGACCCACCGAGUCCUCCGAACAACAAGCAACAGAAAGGGAGUAACAUGCAGCGAACUCUGCCCGCGCUAGCCCGCGUCAGACAGUCGAGGGUACCAAACGCUUACGACAAAACCGCUUUGAAAUUGCAAGAGGGAGAUAUACUUAAGGUAACAAAAAUGAACAUAAACGGACAGUGGGAAGGCGAGCUCAAUGGAAAAGUUGGACAUUUUCCGUUCACCUACGUCGAGUUCCUAGACGACAUUACUAGCUAA